UUUCGUUCUAUCAGAUGCUGGGUUCGCUUCUAACCAGGUUGGUUGGCCUGGUUGCGGGGCAAUGAUGGAAGAGGUCGGUCUGCUGUUGGAGAUUAUCUGGAGGCUUCGAUUUUUAUAGGAGUGGCGUGCGUUGGUCUUCUUCUUCAGAUCGAACUCCAGCUUUCUCUCUGUUUCAGUCUCUUUCUCUCACUGAUCUUUGCUAGGGACUGGAAUGGAUACGCAGGAUACAUCUCCUUCAGUGUUGCUAUUCUUUGACAAGGAAAGAUUUAUAUUUAAUGCUGGAGAGUAUGAAUCACAGUUAGGCAGUCAUCCAAUUGCUUCAGGUGAGCUUGGGUACGAAAUCCAAAUACGAGAAGCAGUCGUUCGCCCAAAUUGUUUAACCAUUCUUCGCUUUAAAGAGUCAAGACCUCCAUCAAAGAGAAGAAAAGUCAUGAAGAAAUUGCAAAACAAAGCCCAACGAAUUAAACAACGUGCUGCUCAAAACUAUUCAAAUUUUGCUAUUUUAAUAGCUCCUUCCCACUAUUAACAUCUCAAUGUAUAUACAAACAUGUAUACUAUUUUAACAUAACAAGUAGCCUGUAAAAUAUGUGAUUUCCUUUUUUUCCACUUAUACUUCCUUAGUUAAGCAUAAUGCUACGAGUUAAAUCUCAUUGUAUAUAUAAACAAUUUUAUUUUGUCUACGUAAUUUCAAAACCCGCAGCAUCGCGCGGGCUUUAUUGCUAGUA